AUGUCGAGGGAGGGGAAGUUGGCCGCUGCCCUCGCCUUCCACCUGGAGCACCUGGCGCAGCUGCUGCACAGGCAGGCGGGCGCGGGCGACUGCCGCGCGCUGGAGGCUUCGCUGCUGGCGGCUGGUGCGCUGCUGAGCCAGGGGCCCGGCGACGCGCAGACCGCCGAGCGCGAGGCCGAGACGGGGGAGCCCGGCCGCAGCUCCAGCGGCAGGGCCGCAGAGGACGUCGCGGGCGGCGCCUCGGACGGCCGUUUGCAUGACGAUCGCUGCGGCGGCCACGACGAGCCCGGGGAACCGCAGGGGCCUCCAGCCCCAGCGGCCACCAGGCAGCCAUCGGCCGCAUCGGGCAGACGCGUGCAGAAGGCCAGCCUGCUGUCGCGGAGCUCGGAGGCGUCUGGCGACAGGACGUCCUCCCAAGCCGGCGUCCAGGCCGCCCAGCGCCCUCGAGCAGAGGGAGCGGGCGAGGGGCCGCCAGGAGCCUCGGGAGCUGCGCCGCAGGGGCGCAGGCGGCGGCCCUGUGGAGGCCGAAACCGACGAUGA